CAUUCAGGUCAGCCCGUGUGUCGCUCACCUGAACUACCCUUGGGAUCGACAAAUGAUGGAGGAAGCGUCGUGGGGAGACCAGUCCGUCCCAUCCGUUCAUGCUCCCGCUCCGUUGUCUGUUUCUCACUGUCACGUUUCCUGCUGAAGAGUUGGCUUGGUGGGUGGAUUGCGGCGCCGAACAGCGGUACGAGGCUCUUCCUGUCUACUUCCUCUCGCCUUCCUCUUCCCCCGUUCGUGUUGCUAUCCUUACAGCCUUGCUCGCGCGUUGUGUCGUACGGUCGGUGUUUCUGUUUCUUUCCUAUACUUAUUUCCAUACGUCGUGUGCAAUAAAGAAGGUUCGUCUGUUGUGUGUGCGUGGUAGUGGUACUCACGACAGGUCCGCGCCAUGCUCUCGUCUUUGCCAUCACCCCCGCGAGACGAGACGAGGCGGUGCAUCGAGAUCAGCAAUGAGAAACGAGGCGAGGCCAGAGAUAUUGUCACUGCGAAAUCCCUGCGUACAGGUUGCGCGCGCGAUGUUGGUUGUGGUAAUUGUCAGCGCUGGACUCGCCCGUCAGUUUACCGACGAUGGUUGGCGAUUAGUCGUUGCAUUGAAUUUCCCGGCGUGUUUGCUUGUGGGCUUCUACCUGUUAUAUCCUCACUUUCAGCGAAGAGGUACAGCACGGAUCACUCAUAGAUCAUGGCGGUGAAUAUGAUGAGAAUGGCUUCUCUAUUGUCCUGGCAUCGAUGAAGCUAGCGACGUCUCAGACGCGUUGAUCGGUGGACCGCCCUCACUUUCAGUGAGCGUAUGUACCCGUUGGGCGUACGGGCAGUGUGCAGCGAGUGCAGGUUAGUGUGAGAUCUCAUAUGCUUGGGGGUGAGUUCUGAUUUCCGAGACCUUCCAUACGGCGAGACUCAUCAUGACCAUCCGUUGUCCC